AUGGCUACGAAGUCUUCGUGCAUGCAAACGGCACCACCCGGCUCCAACUUGACCUCUGUCGAUCAACUCCUUGGUCACAUCAAACCGGCACAAGAGAACUACACGAAAGCUCUGGAAAUGAUCAAGCGCGAGCCGGAGGAGUGCGUUCUGGCAGCUGCGCAUGCGUAUGACACUAGAAGUGCGAAGAAAGCUGGAUGA